AUGAAAAAGCAAAGUAAAAUUGAUGCAAUUUUUAAGAGAAAAGUUACUGAUGAUGUUAGAGUUCAAACAAGUCAACCCUCUAAUCUUGUUUCACAAGAAGUUCAAUUAGAAUAUUCACCAGAAAAAAAUGCUGCUUUUUGUUUGCCUUGCUACUUGUUUGGUAAACAUUAUGGUGCUCGCAAUGAUGGAAAAAAUGCAUUUCCAGAGUUAGGAUUUAGUAAUUGGAAGAAAGUAAACAAUGGAGUGAAUUAUGCAUUUGUAUGUCACGAGGGUUCUAUUCCUAAUUCUCCCCAUAAUUUAUGUAUGAAAUCUUGUGAUGAUUUAAUGGCUCAAUCUAAGCAUAUAGACAAAGUUCUUGAUAGGCAUAGUGAUGAAACUAUUGCAAAUAACCGCUUAAGGUUGAAGACAUCUAUUGAUGCUAUUCGAUGGCUUACAUUUCAAGCAUGUGCAUUUAGAGGCGAUGAUGAAAGUCCUGGAUCUUUGAAUAGGAGAAAUUUUAUUGAGUUAAUUAAGCUUUUGGCUUCCUGUAAUCAGAAUGUUAAUAAUGUUGUUCUUGAAAAUGCUCCUGGAAAUGCUCAAUAUAUAUCUCCCGGUGUUCAAAAAGAUAUAUUACAUAUCUUUGCUAGAAAAGUGCGUGCAACAAUUCGAGAAGAAAUUGGUGAUUCUAAAUUUUGUAUAAUUAUUGAUGAAGCAAGAGAUGAGUCAAAGCGAGGACAAAUGUCUGUGAUUUUGAGAUUUGUAGACAAGCACGGUUGUGUUCAAGAAAGAUUUUUUGAUCUUAUACAUGUUUCUGAUACGUGUUCUUUGACAUUGAAAACAGAAAUUUCAUCAGUUCUUUCUCGUCAUAAUCUUGAUGUUCAAAAUCUUAGGGGACAAGGGUAUGAUGGAGCUAGUAAUAUGCGUGGUGAAUGGAAUGGAUUGCAAGCUCUAUUUUUGAAAGAUUGCCCUUUUGCUUAUUACAUUCACUGUCUUGCUCAUCGAUUACAAUUAGCACUUGUUUCUGCAGCCAAAGAAGUUUGCUAUGUUCAUCAAUUCUUUUCAAAACUUACACUAAUUGUGAAUGUUGUGACUGAUUCUCCUAAACGUCAUGAUCAGUUAAGGGUUGCUCAAGCAAAUAAUGUUGCAAACUUAAUUGCCGAUGAUCAACUUGUGACAGGUAGUGGACUUAAUCAAAUUGGUACUUUGCAAAGAGCUGGAGAUACUAGAUAG